GGAGGCGUUAGCGCGCCAGAGAGGAGGAGGAGGAGGAGGAGAGAGGACAAUAAACGCCUAAGGGAAGAGAGGCGUCAGCUCCUGCCGCCAAGCCAGUCGCGCGCUCCGGGGGAGACCUGCCGUCGUGGAUCAUGGAGUCCAGUGUGGAUCUCUCUUUACUGAUUGUUGGGAUGGUGGUUGCAAUAUCUGUUGCAUUGUUGGUUUUUAAACCAAUGGCCUCUCGGAAGAAGAAAAGUCCAAUUACUUUACAAGAUCCAAAUAUCAAGUAUGCAUUGUGUUUAAGAGAGAGAGAGGAGAUCAGUCAUGAUACCAGGAGAUUUCGGUUUGAACUCCCAUCAUCAAAACAUAUAUUGGGCUUGCCUGUAGGCCAACACGUAUAUCUCUCUGCCAAAGUGGACGGUAACCUUGUGAUCCGGGCCUACACUCCAGUUUCUAGUGAUGAAGUGAGAAGCUAUGUUGAUUUAAUCAUAAAGGUUUACUACAAAAACAUUCACCCCAAGUUUCCAGAAGGUGGGAAGAUGUCCCAGCAUUUAGACAACAUGAAGAUUGGUGAUACCAUUGACUUCAGAGGACCUAAUGGACUUCUGGUAUACAAGGGGUCAGGUAAAUUUUCUAUCAAGCCAGAUAAGAAGUCUGAAGCAAGGAUAAAGUUUGCAAAACAUGUUGGAAUGAUAGCUGGAGGAACAGGAAUUACUCCAAUGCUUCAACUAAUUCGUCACAUUACAAAGGACCCCAAAGAUAACACCAAGUGUUACCUUCUUUUUGCUAACCAGACAGAAGAAGAUAUAUUAUUGAGACCAGAGCUUGAAGAUGCAGCAGCAAAUCACUCGGAUCAGUUUAAACUGUGGUACACUUUGGACAGACCACCUCAGGGCUGGAAGUAUAGUGCUGGUUUUAUUACGGAUAGCAUGAUAAAAGAACAUAUGCCUCCCCCUGUCAGUGAGACUCUGAUUCUGAUGUGUGGACCCCCACCUAUGAUUCAGUUUGCUUGUCUGCCUAAUCUUGAAAAGCUAGGGUAUGCUAAAGAAAACACUUUUGCUUAUUAAACCGGAUGUUGUACCACCCCUUUUAUAGUAUGUUGUUGGUACAUAUAAAUUUUGUGUUAAAGCAGCGAUGGGAGGCAGGUAGUAAAAUCGAUGACUGAUGGGAGUGGUAUUUCCCGGACAUAGCUGGGAUUCGGCUGUUGGAAAUCCCUGGGAUAAUCUGGAUGUAUGGCAACCGAUGUUUAUACCAACAUUGCACUCAGAGUUUGCAUGCUACUCAUAGUAACGGUGCUAGGUUAUGCCUUCCUCUGCGUUGAGAUGCUGCUUAUACUGUUGCAACUAUGUAAUUACAACAGCUUCUUUUGUCCAAAAGUAGUUCUAUAACCAGUAGAAGAAUGCUGCAUUUAAGAGGGCUAUCAGGGGAAGCUAACAGUUUUCCAUUUAAUUGCAGGCUUUUGGUAUAUAGGAGUCCUUAUUUACAUAAACAUCAAAUUGUUUUGUUAAAUUUGUUUCUGGUGACCACUGAAGUAUGUUCGUUAUUCUGUCGUCUUCCUCCCCCCCCCAGAUUUUUCACAUGCCAUCAGCUUUAGUGAACCCCAUCUCAGAAAACCAGGGGGAACAUCAGUGCUUCCUGUAAGAACCAUGCAAGAGUAGGCAGAAAGUGAAAUCUACUGUUGAGAUCAUCCUAUCGGCUGGGGCCAUGCUGCUAUUGGAGCAUGAAAGCCAAAGCCAAAGGUUGCACAGCAUGAAGAGCUUCACUGUUGGGCAGGUGUUCUUCCAAAGGAGAGAGGGUGGUAGAUGUAAAAGUGGGGGUGGGGGCAAGCAAUCGUUCUUAGCAGGAUUCAGUCUUCAAUUUCAGAACCAUGUAUGCAGCAUUUGGGCAGUAAACCUCCUCUUACAGCUUCCCUUGAGCUGUAUAGCCAAAGUACCAUGCCUAGUACUUGGGCUAAGACACAAAUAUGGGCUGUUUCCUGCAUAAACUGCAUUGGAAGACACUGCAGGGAGUGUCUUAACCACCCAGCCCUUAUGACAUUGCCACGACAAGCUAGGAAAUGUAUACAUAAACAUUUGAGCCAUAUUGCUCAUGCAAGUCUUGGCGUAGCUUAUUCAUAUUCAAAAUAUUCAUAUUACACAAUAGGCUUGAAGUGUAUUCAUAGAUUGCUGUGCAUGAAACUUUCUCUCUGCAACAUUGGAACUCCCUGAGCCAACAUUCAUACCUGUGUGCCAGAUAGGAAAACCUUUCUGGGAACAUUUGUUAACCAAUUUUAUUUUCUUACACUUAUUGCCACCCAUUUUUCCUUUACGGAAUUCAAGGUGACAUACAUGUCGUUGAGAGUCACCCACCCAAAACACUGACCAGACUCAGCCCUGCUUUGCUUCAGUGAGGUGGUAUCCUUACGCACCUCCAGACCACAAACCCUAGUACAGGCUGUAUGCAUGCAUAUGCUUCAACAGUCACCUUUGUAAAAAUGACAGACAACAUACUUUUUCAUGCUUUUGAAGUUAGAGCGUGCACUAGCUUGAGAACUGUAAGAAAUGACAGAGAUAUAAAUAUGUUCAAAAGCUCUCCAGGGCUGAAAAGCCAUUAAGUAGUUUAUGCUUCCAAGUAUUCAUCUUGUACAAGCAUUCAAGGACCCAUUACUUAAUAGUAAAGUCCAAACUGCCACCCAUCCCAGCUUUCACAUUUUGUUUCAAUGGAUGUCUGCUGGCUGCAUGUUGACUCCUCUCUUGCAAAACGAAGACAUUCAGAGUGGUGCUAUUAUUAACAGAAUGGCAACAGAAGUUGGUACAUUUGGAAUGUGUGUUUUUUGCGACCAAAACUUUGUCACCAGCAGGUGGUACCCUUGCCUAAUGAUGUGUAGAUGUCCAAAAUGCUACAGUAGAGCAGGCGUGAAGGUCUUUAGAGCAGAUCUGCAUGAGCAAAGAUUGAGGAACAAAACAAGCAGAUACAAAAUGUUCAUGGAACUGCUAUUUGCUAUAAAGCCAGUUUUUGAACAGGACAGACAGUGUUCUGAUUUUCAUAAAGGAAACUAGAAGCAGCUGUGUGCAGUACAAACAUGAAUGCUACUAUGAAGAAAGUAGGUAAUACAAAUGCUUUAAAUUAAGGACAAUCCCCCCCCUAGUGUGGAAACUUCUGCCUCCAGAAUAUUUAUGGAUUGGGAAAACUUAUUUUCAUCUCCUGAUCUGCGGCAGGCUCACAACAUUCCAUCUGCAGAACUACUGAGACUUGGAGAGAAAAAAGCCUGUAUGAAAGGGCCACUGCUUGCUUCACAAUUUAGGUUGAAAACUUAAAGUAAUGCCCUUCUUCCAAUUAAUUCCUUAAAUUUAUAGCAGGCAUUAUUAAGGAAGGCAGUCCUUACAAUAUUAUCUAAGUUUCAAGCAGCUGGCGGUUUUACUGCUUUCUUGCCAUACCAAAACUUUCUUGGAAUUCCAUCACUCACACUCACAAAACUGGCUACGUAAUUAAACCCUGGCACUUGCAGCAAUCAUUGCAUAGUUUCUGUGCUGUACAGGGCAGUAACGGCCAGAAGAGAAGAGAGGAAGAAGUAAGUCCAGCUCUGGUAGUCCAUUUGGUCCGUUCAUACUCUCUAAACAUCAUUUUCUGAGAAGUGUUUUGUUCUUAGCUAUUAUGGUAAGAAGCUCAUCUGGCACAAAUCCUUAGAAAUGAAUCCACUGAAAGCAUACUGCAAUAGUGAAACUGUAGUAUUUAAGAAAUGCAGUAUUAAGGUAAACAAAUAUUUUCAUUGCAUCUUGAGCAGAGAUGUUGUUUUUUUCUAGCUCAUCCAAUAUGAGAGAUGCUGGUAAGGGAGAAUGUCACAGAAAUAAUCAUGCCAGUGGGGGACCACUUCACUACUUGGCCUUAUGUAGUAAAAUAUGUUACAUUUUCUUAUUACAGACCUCAUGUACAAUGCAGAACACAAGUUGGGAGGGAGAGAGGAAAACUGGACUGGAAUAGGGUGGGAGUGUUAGUGUCCAACAGGAGACACAUCAGCUACAGCUUUAGUGUAAGUGGUCAAGUAAAUAAUUAGCAUGUUUAUCAUACCAGGGGAUCGUUAUACCAGACUGGAAGAAAAACAUUGUGUUGGUUGUACUAUCCAUUCCUAAGGGGUGAUACCUUAGAAAACUAACGUGAUUCCAAUAAUAUGCACCACGAGCGAGUACAAAAUAUAGAAAAUGGAUCACUGACUAGUAAACGGCUCACUGUGCUUUAAAAUAUAUUUACAUACUCUUAAUUUUACUACUUCUAAAAAUGUUGCAUAGGUUCGUUGACUGCAUGUAUUAAGUACCUAGACCGUAGGGUUUUCAUUGCUGUUGGGGUGGGAGAUGUGAAAAGCAGCACUUAAAAAGGUUUCACACAUUUCAGUGGCAUAUUUUUAAACAGAGAACGCAGCCUGGACCAGUCCUAUCCCCUAAUACAACUGAGGUAUUAAGAGCGGUGUUGGUCACAUGGAAUCUUCAUCACCAGUCCUCAAACGUUGGUGUUAAAAAUCUAUCAUCAUUCAGCAACUGGUCUUGGCUUAACAUAGUCUGGAAAAAAACCCAUAGUAGACUUCAUAAAUCAGAGAAGUGAUUAGAUCCUCUACAGAUUUAGUGGGAAUUUACAUGGGCAUAAAUUAUGAACAGCUUAUUCAAGAUAAUCAUUAUAUACAACAUCCAGUUUACUAACCUAAUUAGAAACAGUAGAAGCUAGUUGCACACAAGUAAUUUGCUUAGCUAUUUCAUUUCCUUUCAGGCAAAUUUAAUCCCUGAAAUUUAUAGUAUUUAUAGUGUGUGGAAUUAAGGUCAUGCAUAGUAGUAUAAGCAACAAGACUUUGACUUUUGAGAACGUCAGGUGUAUGGAGAAAUAGAUGUAACUGUUCAACAAAUAAAGCAGUGGCUCAUAUGCUUUACUGGCAUUUGUACAUAACUAAUAGCCUUGGGAAGCUAGUUCAGCAAAUGUUGCAAUGCAGACUGGGAUCAAAAGGCAUUUGUGGCAUGCAUUAAACACUCUUCCCUAUGCAGAUAGCCUGGUUUUGACUGGUUUUGCAAAAUGCAUGUAAUAACCUAAAGUUCUCAUCUCAUAAUAUGACUGAAAAUUUGCUUGUCAUUACAAAAGAUAAAUUAAUUUCACAUGCAAUCUACAAAGAUAUAAACAUUUCAUUACAGUCCUUAAAAUGUAAAUUUACUUAGGUCAAAUUUAUGCUUUUAAUUUAACUCCAUAAUAUAGUUUUACUUAUAGGAGUUUUAACUAUAAAUGAAUAUAAAUGAACAUGAGUAAUUAACAUAUCAAUACACCUCAUCUCAGUUUGGAAUUAGCGCAUACAAUGGGGCUAUGAAUGAUAAAUUAGUACUUACUGUGAGGUUGUUUAUUCCUUGAGAAAGUUCCCCUAUUUGCAUUACUGUUCCUUCUGAAUGUUCCAUCUGUAAAAUCAUUCAGCUUGAUGAAAUUAAAACAGCUAAUUCAAACACUACAUGCUUUAUAUAUUCUGAACCAUUGUGCAUAUACAAGAGGUACUUUUAUCUUCAGAAAAAAAUAGGUUUAAUUAUAUUACAUACUAUCUUCAGAGUCAUUUUUCUGAAUGUCAUUCUCGUUCAACUUUAAAUUCCAUUUUUUUGAAAAGCAACAUUAAAUUUUGAGUAUUUGAACUAUUUCUAAACUGCGCAUUAGCCAUACUCAGAGUAAUUGACACAUUUCCAUUGAAUAUAGUCUGUUAAUAGGAUAGCAGGGCCAAAACUAUUAAAUUUGAGGCAAUCAUUUUGCAAUAACUUAAGUAAAAAAUAAAUAAAUUCAAGGGGUUUUCCUUAUUCAUAAUUUGGGUGCCAUUCUACAUUUUCAGAACAAAAGCUGUUUUCCAGCAGUCAAGAGCAUUUCAAGAUGCAUACAUGCAGGUUCAACUAUUCAGCAUGCUGCCGCCAUAAUUGAAAAAAGGUUGCUCAUGCUUUGAGCAUAUUCAGUGAUGUCAGUCGUUCAUUUCACAAACCUGUCUAUAUACUUCAUACCGAGAUCCAUCAUUAGAAACUUAAAUUACCAGCAAGUCUGUAUUAGGCUUUGCAACUUUUCCUUGCCUUACACACGUACAGCCCUCUAAUUCACAGUUGCUCUCAGUUUACAGCAGACAGUCUCUUCACCUGCAAAUUCAAGCUUGCCUGAUUAUUAUAACAAAGAGCCCAAACCUAAAAAUGUGAUUUGCAAUACCUGCAUAUUAUGUGUGUGUGUGUAUAGGGGGGAUGACGACUGGUGGAAUACAUUUUUUUUCUUUAAACAACAAUUCCAUGUGUUUUUUUCUUUAACAAUUCCAUGUGUUUUAUGCCACAAAGAUUUGGGCUGCUCUCUUCACACCUGCCUUUGCAUAUGCAGUGCUUCCACCCAAAUGCAGGGGAGCCUUUGUUUGCAACAGAUCUCUUGUGUAUGCAAGGAACCACUAACACUUUGAAAACCAACAAUAUUUUAAAAAGAAAGAAAAUAUUAAGGUACAUUACACGUAUGUUGCUCAGCAAUACAUCUGCAGAGCAAAUGCCUACCAACAACACUGUACAAUGCACAAAGUACCUCUCAAAGGGAAAUGCCCAGUUUCAAGGUGCUGAACACAAAAAUGACAAUGAUAAAAUUGCUUGCAUUAGAUAAAACAAAAUAAUAAAUUACAUUUUCAAUGAUGAAAUAAUGAAAUGUGUUAGAUGUAAUGAAUCAUGCAUAUAAAAAAAUAAAAAUAAUAAAAAAAUCAACUUUUGACAAUUAGUCUUUUCAAACUACUACCAUUUUUUUGAUUCUGUUUCUGACUUGGAAAUCAGAAUCCACAGAAGUUACAUCAGACUGUUGUACCUUGCAGAAAGCUCACAAGCUCCAGCUACUCCAUUUUUCAGGUUUUUAAAAAUUACUUUACACACACUUCUCAGUAUUACCAAUAGGGCGGCAACGUGGAUAACCUCUUCAAAAACUCUUUUAAGUUUUAAGCAUGAUUCUGUCACAAUAAUCACAACGUGAGAAGUUGGGACGUUUCCCCCAAAUGUAUUACUUUUAUUGUUUUGUUUGAUAAAGUUGUUUGUUCAUUCUUCUUUUUUUAUAGAUAUAUCGUUAGCUCCUUUAAUAACAUAUCAUAUACAUUCAGUGUGGUGCAGACACUGCACAGAUGAAAUAAGCAUGUCUUAUUAAAAAUAUACAAUCCAGUUGUACUAUUCAGAAUAAAAUAGACACAUCUUUACAACUGCUUACAAUAUAAAGCUAAUAUAAAAAGUUAAAAAUAUCUCUGGGUAGCGCCUACGGAAUAUAUAUAUGUAUAAACAUAUGGCCUUGCAGCGAUAGUGCAUGCACAGCACCCUUGCUGGAUUGGGGCUUUUGGCUGCCUGGACUUCAACUACGACUGUUGUGUAAAGCUUUUUGCAUUCCUGAAAAAGGGCUCGAGAAGGUGAGUAGGAUGACACAGUGGUUGCAAAUGGAAAAUAAUUCAGAUGGCAUUUUAAGUAUCAGAUUCUUCAAGCCCCAUCCCAAUACAUUCAUUAAAUCCAUGCAGAUGCAUUAUGCGUUUUAGGUUAAAUUGAAACAAAAGGUUAUUUGUAAGCUUUGGAAUGCAUGAAGAGGAUGGAAGGUGAGUGACAUCAGUCCGCCUGGCCCACCUGAUCCAGUUUGUCUAAUUCUUUGUCAGGGAGGGCAUUAUGCACUUUGUAGGCGCCGUAGCUUCUCUGAGCACCGUUGGUGGUACUUGGACUGGUAUCCAUAGGGCAAAUGUAAUCCGUAGAUUCAUCAAAUUUCUUUUUUCUCAAGUUUCCAAAAUGUGAAAAUCCAAGUUUCUUUGGCUAAUGAGAAUGAGAAGCAGGGUGGGGUGAAGGGGGAUGAAAAGUACAUCAUCAGAAAAAUGUAGGACUAGUAAUCAUCAUCAUCAUCAUCACAAUCAUCCUUCAUCCAAAGAUCACAGGACAGUAUAUUAUUAGUAUAGUAGUCAUACCUCGGAAGUUGAGCGCUUUGUGACUUGAACAUUUUGGCUCCCGAACGCUGCGAACAGUGAGUGUUCCGGUUUGCAAAUGUUCUUUGGAACCUGAAUGUCUGACGCGGGUUCUGAUUGGCUGCAGGAGCUUCCUGCAGCCAAUUGGAAGCUGUGCCUUGCUUUCCAAACGUUUUGGAAGUCAAAUGGACUUCCGGAAUGGAUUCCAUUCGACUUCCGAGGUACGACUGUAUUAGGAACUGUUGCUUCCAUUAAUUGAAGCUGUUUCAGCUCAAGGCAAUACUUAAUACAGAGCUGUGAAGGAUGCUCCAUCUGUGUGCUUGCUGGCCCAGAUUUGCUGCCAUUAAACUAGGGAUGGGGAACCUGUAGACCUCCAGAACUCUUUGAGCUCCAGCUCCCAACACCCUGACUGCUGGGCUGAUAAGAACUGGGAGUCCAUCAUCACCUGGAGGGCCACAGAUUCCCCAUCCCUGCAUAUACUCAUCAUUACAGAGAAACAUAGAAUGCAGGGCCAAGUCCAAGACAUUUUGUCACCCGAGGCAGACCCCAAAGUGAUGCCACCCUCCGCACCAGGGAAGCCUGGGAAAAGGAGGGGAGAGAAAGAAGGACAUUGGGAUCUGCUGCCCCAGUGAAUCCUGCUGCCUGAGGCAGUCAACUCACAUUGCCUCAUGGGUGGGCAAUGCAUGCUUGGAUCAAUGCAUGCUAAGGGGCUCCUUCCCUGAACAACUGCUUCCCCAUGAUUUCUAAAAAAAGCAGGCAUAAUAAGGGAGUGUCCUGCUUUCAGCAAAAUGUUUGCAAGAACAGAUCCCACUAAAUAUGUAAUAGUAUUAUUACUAUACAUUUGCAAUCUUAAUUAAAAGUUUCAGCAGAUAAACUAAGUAUUUUUCUUAUAAAAAAAUACACAACAGGUACUGAUCUUGUAUCCAACAACCGACAGGUCUUAACACAUGCAUCAAUGUGUGGAAGCCAGGAGCUAUGUGCUUCAGCCUCAUGGUUGUAUACGUACUGCAGACUUAAAAGAAUUGCCAGCAUCCUCACCAAGUCAGACAUAACAGGAUUCUUUGGGGUAAGCCAUAACAGUUGCUGAAAUAGGCUGUGGUGUACAGAUAUAUAAUCUGCUGCUGAUAAAUUAAGAACACUCACAACAACUCAACUCUUCCAAAGACUGGCUUGCAAAUUUGCAAAGUAGGAAAUUGUGGGCAAGUUUUUGUGCUGCACCAAGGAUUAGUGCUAGCACAAGGGGAUUCUUCCCCACUUCCAUACACAAUCGGUGUCAUCGCCAAAUCUGCUCUGGAAGGUUAGAGGGAAACCCAGAACAGAUAUAUAUAUCAUUUUUAUGUUAUAAUGAUUAAAAACAUGUAUACACUGCAACAAGCAAACCAUGAACAACCUAAUAAAAUGAAAGCAACUGUGUCUUCUGCUAAAACUUUACCCAGAACAGAUUUAGGGGGCAAAUAAUAUUUCAUUGCACACAGAAAUAUCCUUGCACUGAGACAAAGUAUUCUGUUUAACACUCCAUUUAAUACAACCCUGUAGUUGUGGUUGUUAUUGUUUUCCUAUGUGGCCUACCCGGACUUUAGCAGUGGUAGUCAGAGGCGCAUAAGCUGUAGAUUCCAAUAUUUCUCUCUUUUCUUGCUGUGCCUCUGGUCCAAUUAGCACGUUGAAAUUAGUGGUUAAGUGGCGUCUUAGCAGCGUUUUUUGAGGUGGAAUGUUGAGAAGCAUUGCCAGAGCAUCACCAUUAAAACGAGGUUCAAGGAUCUGUCAGGGAAAAUAACACACAUGCUGCAUUUAUACAUGCCCCCUAAGCAAUUGAGCAUUCAGACGGCUGCUUCGAAUUAUCUGAGCGCUUCAACCCUUCUCUGCAGCAUUUAGAAUGCUUCCUGGCAUUGCAGAGAGAAAGCAGCAGCACUUCAUUUGUUUGCAACCAUCAGCUGUAUAAAAUUAACAGAACAUUCAUUUGCGAUUUUCAGUAGCGCCAGUUUAAGACUCUCAACAAAAAUCUGCAUAGGGUGAUUAUAGGCAUAACCAUGCACAGAAGCUGCAGUUCCUGAUCUACAGGUUAGUGUGCACAAUACAUUUCCACGUGACCACUGUAUGUUCAUAAUAUUUGCCUGGAUCCUGAGUUGCCUUUCUGUGAAUGGAAGGAAACUUGAUCAUAAUCAUGGAAGGAGGUGGUGGGAAAUGAAGUUUGCAGUUCUUUGCCCCAUUCUCACAGUUCUGGAAGGCCUCCAAACCUCCAGAGCACUUUGGGGGUGGAGGGUGCACAGAGGGGGCUGCAUUGGACAUGGGAAAUCAUAUUAUCCACAUCCACCAGAAGGAGCAUCUCACAAGCAGAGUUCUGCUCGUGGGAACCUACCAUCCAGAUAAAGAUAUUCUUUGGGAAAGAUCAAAGAAAAAGCAAGGGCAUUGGACCUCAUGGAUCUUAUAAUCUAAAUGUAGCAAAACAAUGCAGAAGAAAAUGAAGGGAAAGGCAGAGGAACAAGAGAUGAAUACGUGCACACACACACUUAAGCAAGAAUGGCUUAGCUUCUCCAUUCUAAUCUUUCCAUAUGUUGUUGGACUGCAAUGCUCUGGAUCAGGAGUGGGCAACCUGUGGCCUCCUAAUGUUGCUAGACUCCAACUCUGAUCAGCCCCAGUCAGCAUGGCCAAUGCAACAUCAGAAGAGCAUCGUGUUGGCUAGCUCUGCUCUACAGGCAUCGAGGCGAGAAGUGAAGUUACAGGGAACCAGGCAAAGGGCCUUCUUGGUAGUGGUGCCCUCCCUGUGGAACGUCCUCCCAUCAGAUGUCAAGGAGAUAAAGAAUGACACAACUUUUAGAAGACAUCUGAAGGCAGUCUAUAUAGGGGAGCUUUUAAUGUUCGAGGUUUUAUUUUUUGUUGCAAGCUGCCCCGAGUGGCUGGGGAAACCCAGUCAGAUGGGCAGGAUACAAAUAAUAACAUUAUUAUAAUAAUGAUGACAAGGCGGGAGUUUAGAAAGGGAUCUGCAUGAUGAGGAAAGAGCAGUGUAUUCUGGGAAAUUACAGAGCUUGCUGUCUGUAAUUAUCCCUUCUAAUUUAUUCCAACAGAGGCAGAAGAAUGUUGUGCUCUUCCCAUUGCACAUGGAGAUUUACCACCUCAUUGAAAUGAUGAAAUAAUUGUGCAAGCCAGAGCACGCAUUUGAACAUAUAUGGAUCUCCAGCUCAAGGCAAACGUGCCCAAUGGGCUGUUUUUCUCAUCAGCCAUAGCAAAUAAACUCAAUCUAGCUGAGUAUACCUUGAGUACUGUGAUGGUUUCAUGAGCUGUCUUUUAGAAAUCAGCACACUAGCAAAGAAUAUAGUAGUGCUUUUUUUUUUAAUUUUAAAAAGCUUUAUUUCUUAUUUUUUUUAAAAAAAGUUACAUACAUACAAACCAUAUAAUCAACCAAAUCAACACAAAAAAGUAAACACAAAUAUAACUGCAAAUAAUAUAUACACCAAAUUAUACACCAAAACUCUGAAGAACAGGACCACAACAAAAAAAGAAGAGAAAAAGAAGAAGAAAAGAGAAAAAGAGGAAAGGAAGCAAAAAAGAAAGAAAGGAAAAAAAAAGGGGGGGGAAGAAAGAUGGAUAUAUGUAUAUAUACAUAUAAGAAUAAAAAGAAAAA